GGAAGCGGCGUGACGUCACAUCCGGGCAGCAGCUGUGGCCAGAGCGCUGAUUCUGCGAACCGAUCGCGAUUAAACUGGAUAUGGAGAGCUCAGCAUGGCAUCUCUCCCUGAAACUCAGCGACAAACCCAAGGAAGUGUUUCAGUUUCCAGACACUGAACCCGGAGACGUGCGUCCAGGAGGCUAUCAGGUGUCGACGCUCAAGCAGCUGAUCUCAGCACAGCUCUCGGACGCACUGCCCGACCCUGAGCUCAUAGACUUUGUGCACUGCGGCUGUGUGCUGAAGGAUGAUCUGACGUUAGACUCCUACGGGAUCAAGUCUGGAUCAACGCUUCAUAUCAUCAAGAAGACGUGGCCGGAGCCGGAGGUCGAGCCUGAGCCGGUGAACAGAUCUGCUGCUGCCCGAGACUUCAGGACGCUUCAGGCUGCUCUGCUUUCCAGCGGAACCUACAGAGACGCGGUGUUUAAGAUGCUGGCUAAUAAAGAGUCUCUGGAGCAGAUCAUCGUGGCCUCGCCGGGACUCAGCUCUGACCCCGUGGCUUUAGGUGUGCUGCAGGAUAAGGAUCUGUUCGUUCAGUUCACAGACCCCAAGCUGCUGGACAUGCUGAUCCAGUCUCACCCGGCGCUGGUCAACGCCAUCAUCCUGGUCCUGCACUCCGUGACCGGCAGCAGCUCCUCACGAAACCCCGCCUCCACCUCCUUCAGUGAGAUGCCAGGAGGUUUUCUGUUUGAUGGCAUGUCGGAUGAUGAGGACGAUUUCCAAUCUCAGGAAAGCAGAGGCGGUUCGUCUCGAGCCCAGCGAGGGUCUGCAGGCUCCAGACCGCUGACGUUUGGUCACAGCGGAGCCACGGGCCCCAGACCCAUCACUCAGAGCGAGCUGGCGUCUGCACUAGCGUUAGCCAGCACUCCGGAGAGCAGCGGCGUCACACCGACACGGAGCGCUCAGGAGGUGUCUUCCAGCGGAGCAUCAGGAGCUCGCGUCAGCAGCAGUCUGUUCAGUCACGCGCUGCAGCAGGCGCUACAGGCCUCUAGCGUGAGCUCACCUCAGGGCCGCUGGCAGACGCAGAUGCAGCAGUUGAGGGAUAUGGGCAUCCAGGAUGAGGAGGUGGCUCUGCGAGCGCUAACAGCCACAAACGGAGAUCUGCAGGCCGCUCUCGAGCUCAUCUUCUCUGGUGGAGGAGGAGGAGGACUCUGAUGUGUGUGUUUGAUCUUUAGAUGCUGUGAAGUGACCAGCACUGGCUGUUAGUUCACUGUCAAACACACAUCUACCUUUGCCUUAAAAACAUGCUUUGUUUGUUUGUUUUUUACUUUAUAUAAAUAAAGUUUAAUUAUAGAAUG